CUAUCACAAGUUAAUUUCCUCAUCAAAACAAAAUCAUUCGGGUAACUAGUACUCCAACUAGUACAGUUACUACACUCUCCCUCUCCCCUCCCCCCUCCGCCCGCGUACACGCGCGAGAGACGAAAUGGUGAUGGCUCAGAACACGAAGGAGGCGGACAUCACGGAGCAGGAUUCGCUGCUUCUGAUGAGUUUUUUUCCUCGCCCAUCUCCUGUUGGAUUCCCGUGCGACUUAGUGGUUCAAGCCGGCCAUCGGAUCUGUUCACCCGAUCGAGUUUUUUUUCUUUUGCUGUGGAUUUGAUCGCUCGUGUGGUGUUUGCAGUAGCUGGCGUCCGAUUUGGGUUUGAUUCGAGUGUUUGUGAUCACGCGUGUCGGAUCCCCCGCGCACUUUGCGAGUGCUUUUGUGCGGAUUUCGCUUAUGCUUUGUUGAUUUUAACCGAUUUCUCGUGCGGAUUUUGGCGUGUUUGGAGAUAAUCGUGGGGUUUGGGGUUUUUCACUUUCUCUAGUAGUCUCCGUCUCCGUCCGCUCACUACCAAAUGGUGCUAGUUGGGCCAGUGCGAAGCAUCAGUAGCGUCUCACUUUGCGAGUGUUUUUGGGUGGAUUUCAUUGACAUUUUGCUGAUUUUAACCGAUUUCUCGUGCGGAUUUAGGCAUGUUUUGGAGCAUGAGUCCUGGGAUUUUUGUUUCACUUUCUCUGGUGCUCUCCGCCCGUUCAAUACCAAAUGGUUAUAGUUGAGCCAGUUCAAAAGCUUCUGGGUAUCUCAGAUUUGAGUUGGUUUCUAGUUUCCCCGUGUAGCAUUGUCUCUUGAAUGCGUAACUGUUGGGCCGUUUCGGUUUCGCACUGGAUGAUGAUUGUGUGGUUUUUCUCCGUGCUGCUUGAUCGAUGUGAGUUUUGUUUCUCUGAUUUGAGGCACCUAAUCUGUUCUCGUGAAAAAUCUCUGGUUUGUUUGCUCAAUUUCGCGGAUAUUUUGAGCGGAAUUUCUACUGGUUUGUGCGAUUCUCUGCAUGAAUUUUGUUGAACGGAUCACAUCGCUUUGUUUUGCUACUCGCGUGGUGAUUUGGUUGGGAUUUCAAGGAGGCAUUCGCUGGUUUGAUAAUCGCGUUUCGAUUUGGUUUCGUUGUGAAAGCCACAGGCAUCGGCCUGAUGAUUUGUGCGUAGAUCAUCGUGCUGGAAAAGUAGGCGCAUAGUCUCCGCGGUCUGCGUAGUUGAUCAAAUUGGCAGGAUUGGAAGUUUUUUUUCCCCUGGCUUCGAUAUCCUUGCGAAGAAUUUCGAGUUCCAGUCGUGUUGUUUCGAACUGUUUCGCCAGAAGCAUCUAGGAAUUGUUCAGUUCGUUGAACUCUCAUGUGCGUUUGGUAUCUCUUCUAAAGUUUUUGGGAGCAGCAGGUUCAGGGAGUAACUUCAUUUUGCUUCCGAAAUGCUUGCUUUGAACAUGUAGUCGAGACACCACGCGUAUUGGCCUGGUUUCUCAGGAUUUCCAUUUCUGACAGUUGUAUGAGUCAGUUUUUUCAAAUGUUUCCAGUUGUUGUUUGGGUUUUGAACAAACGUUGCUUACUUUGGUUGGGAUUUCGAGGAGACAUUCACUAGUUUGAUAACCCCGUUUCGUUUUUGUUUCGUUGUGAAACCCACGAGCAUUGGCCUGAUGAUUUAUUGAUGAGCACUGCUACACGCACUAAAUUUUUCUUACUAAACUUUUACUAACAAUUAUCUCAACCGUGUGAUUUAAGUAGAUAGAAGUUAUAAAAAAUCUAGAUACACUCAUAGUAUGACACAUGAGUGUUAGUAAUAAUUUAGUAAGAAAAAAGUUUGUAUGUAUAGCUUUUCCUUUAUUGAUUUGUGCGUAGAUGCGGUUCACGGAGUCUAUCAAAUUGGCAGGGCCUAAUAAGGCUUUUUCCUUGCUUCCAUAGCCUUGCGAAGAGUUUCUACUUCCAGUCGUUUUGAAUCGUAUUGUUAUAAGCGUCUAAAAAAUAUUCUUUUUUUUAUAACAGACAAAUUGAUUACCAGGCUUUUGGGAGAAAGCCAAAACAUACAGUCUGCUUACAGGAAAAAAGAUUGGAAAACAGAAAACAGAGAAACUGGGGCUACCAGUACCCAUCACGCGCUAGCUUAAAACACCCAAAACCAACAGCAACUGAAACUUAACAGCACCCGGAGACUAUAGAGCAGAUCUAAAAAACUACAGCCCCACCAACAGCAGCACCUAACUCAGGCAAUAACAUUGUCCGGCAAAACAUCCACAGGACGCAGAGCCUCCAUCUUACUCUUCAGCUUCUCAAGCAGUGCGUUCAAAGCCUCGUGAUCUUUUUCUCUUAGCAGCACCUUCCAUCUCUGCAUCAAUGAGAUUGACUUGAAAACCACCUGCAAAGGUGAUUUAACCAAUUUAUUUUCAAAUACUAAGUCAUUUCUCACAAGCCGCAAACCCCAGCAAAGACUGGCACAAAGGAAAAGACCUAAAUUCACCCCCAGUUUUUCUUUGACAGCUUUUAGACUAUCCCAAAAGUUUGUUGGAAUUAAAACCCCCUCAAUUACUUCAAUUACAGAACACCAAACAAAUUUAGCUAUGACCCAAUUUUUCAGUUCGCUGAAUUCUUGCUGUGCUUGCUUUUGGUAUCUCUUCAGAGGUUUUUUGGCAGCAGCAGAUUCCAUGAGUAACUUUAGUUUCUCUUUUCAAACUUGUUGCUUGGAUGUGGAAUUGAGACACCACACGUAUUGGUUUGGUUAUUCCCAGAUUUCCUGUUCUGAUAGUUCUAUGACCCAAUUUUUCUUCUGUUUUUUUAAAUGUUUCCAAUACACUACUUUGGGUUUGAACAGACAUUUGCUUAAUCCUGCACUAGUUUGUGAUAAGAAAAGCUCCAUUUGAAUUUGGAAUAUGCCUUUAGGAAUUAUAUGCCAGCUUAUUAAACCUCUCCUGGCAUGAUUUUUAGACUACCCCUCACUCGCCUCCUAUUUUAACAUCCGUUUUGUCAGAUACUCGGUUUAAUAACUGGACAUUGGCUUUGCCACAUGAGUUGUAGGACUACUGGCUGAUCACCAAAUUUUGGUACCUCUUGUACUUUCAAAGACCAGUUGGUUUAUAUCCAAUCAGAUAAUGUUUUUCUUUGUCUUUUCUAGUACUUGUUUGCUCACAUGGUCAGCUGCACUUUGCCUAGAAUGUUUGCUUAGGAUCCCAUAACUGCAAGUGCAUAGUAGGUGCAAUAUAUCGUAUGGUCCAUGUUCAUUUAUGCAUUUGUAAGAAAUUUAUUACAAACUAGCCACUUAGUCGUGCGUUGCACGACUUUGGGUGCCCGUAAUGCACAAUUAUACUUAAUUUUAAUUUUUUUUCUUUUACAAAAUCAUACAACUUGAUAAACUAUUAGUUAGAACUAUAGAUUCAGCUCAAGCUAUAUUUUAACUGAAGGUUUAAAUAUUAUGUCUAGGAUCAACCUCUUACCGUAUACCAUCAAAAGAUGAGAAUGUUUACUCAGCGAUAUGAUGCAAAAGGCAUAAAAUAGUCAAACCUAAUGCAAUAGACAGUAGCAAACUAAACGGCAAUCUAGUCCAUGAUUUGAAACCAACACAAAUUGCUCAAAGAUCAUUUGACCUCUGAGUAUUUCAAGAAGAUAGCAUAAUAAACAUCCCAAAAUAAAAAUGCACAAUUUUCUUAUGAAGUGUAGUAAAAAAUCCAGAGUCAUCACAAUUAGUGUAGUUUGUUUGUUUGUGCAUUGUUGCCAACCAAAAACCCUUCAGCCCAAAGCCAAGGAGGAUUUCUCAACUCUUCUCUAUAGGCAUGAGAAAGUAGAUAUGUAUGAGACAACUCAUUGCAGGAAAUUCACUUCAACAAAAACAAGGACUAGAAAUAAAUAGAAGUUUCUUGAAGGGUCUCUAGGAGGUUUUAUCAAUUGAAGGAUCCAAUGGUUCUCAGGGAAGUACUUCUCAUGGUGAAAAACUUUAGUAUUUUCAGGUACUUUAGAUGUGUGUGUUUGAAUGAGACUGGUACCCUAUUUGAUUCAACCUGAGCUAAAGUAUUGAAAAGCGUGUCUCAUUUGUUGUUUGGUGAACUUUUGUGCCUCACCUUGUUUGGCAAGCCCAAAACCCUCGGCCAUCCUCCAGGAUGGGCUAGGAAAUUGAACUAAAAUUUCAGUCCAUCCCUGGGGAUGGAUCAGGAUGGAAUAAGGCCUAAACUUGUUAAUCAGUAAUCCAAUUUGUGAUGAUUUUAUUGCCCUUCUAUUGCUAUUACAUUGAAUACUGAACUCUUUGAGUUAUGUAUGGCAGAAUGCUAUAGUGAUAACUGAUAACAUGGUGAUAUUUUGACCAAACAGACAAGGAAUUUGCUCCGUAUUGCUAGAUACAACAUCAGCUACAUCAGAGGUCUAUUCCCUGAGAAGUACUUCAAUGAUAAGUCGGUUCCGGCACAAGAGAUGAAGAUUAAGAAGCUAAUUCCCAUGGAUGCUGCGUCGAGGAGGUUGAUUAAUUGGAUGGAAAAAGGUGUCUAUGACGCACUACAAAAGAAAUAUCUCAAGACCCUUCUCUUCUGCAUAUGUGAGAAGGAGGAAGGCCCAAUGAUUGAGGAGUACGCAUGUGAUUAUCACCAUGUUCUCAUUUAGCUACCCCAACAUGAGCGGUGAUGAAGUUGCAAUAAACUUGAGCCGCACAGAGAGCAAGAAAAACAGUGCUACAUUUAAGCCAAAUGCAGCAGAAGUCACUCCUGAUCAGAUGAGGAGCUCUGCUUGUAAGAUGAUAAGAACACUGGUUUCACUUAUGAGGACCUUGGACCAAAUUCCAGAGGAGAGGACCAUUCUAAUGAAGCUGCUAUACUACGAUGAUGUCACACCUGAAGAUUAUGAGCCACCCUUUUUUAAGUGUUGUGCUAACAACGAGGCCAUUAAUAUAUGGAACAAGAACCCCUUGAAGAUGGAAGUUGGAAAUGUCAAUAGCAAGCAUCUCGUGUUAGCUUUGAAGGUCAAGAGUGUCCUUGACCCUUGCGAUGAUAACAAUGUCAACAGUGAAGAUGAUAAUAUGAGCUUGGAUAAUGAGUCUGACCAAGAUAAUGAUUUUUCUGACAAUGAGGUCAGCCGAAGGAGGCCAACCAAUUUCAUUAAAAUUUGAGAAGAAAAGAGCAAAUACAAAGUUGGUUUACAUUGGCUAAGAGAGCCGAGCGGGAACAAGCCAAGGGCUUAUCCCCAGGAAGGGAGAGGAGGGCAGAGUAACCAGAGGAAGGGUCGCUCUGAACCGAAAUAAGAAGCCGACUACUCUCUAAUUUCUGCAACUAUCCCCGCUUUCUUCCAGCAGAUGAACUCCUCUUUGAUGUCAUCGGCUAUUGUAACAGCAGGCUUGAAGCAUUGAUCGAAAAUUCUAGCAUUCCUUUCCUUCCAAAGAAACCAACAAACCAAGAAUAAUAGGCUAUCAAAAUUGUUCCUGUAGCGCAGCCGACAACAGAGCCUCUCCUGCAGCCACCUGUCAGACAGGUGCAGGGUUUUCUCGCCAGGCGUAGAGAAACUCACAUUCAUCCAGCUUCUGAGGAUUUGCCAAACUGCAUCCGUGAAAGGGCAGACGACAAACAGGUAAUGGCAGUCUUCGCUGUCCCUUUGGCAAAGUGAGCAGAGGUCGCCGUGAGGCCAUCCACGUUUUGCGAGAUUGUCCGCCGUUAGGCACCGGUCCUUAAGGGCAAUCCAUAUGAAGAACCUCACUCUCGACGGUAGUACAUGAAAAUUUCAUACAUUUCUCUGACUUUUUAUGUUUGCAGAUGAAACUCAAGAUCCUGCUCAUGAGGAAGAGCUAACAGCUCAAUUAAGAGAGUGGAUAUGCUCAAGAGACACUGAAAGUCUUGAGGUUUCGGACGUCCUUAUUAAUUUCCCUGACAUAUCAAUUGUAAUGCCUACUGCUAUUUCAUUUCUAUAAUAAAAUUGCGGUUUAGAGUUUAUUUACUGUUUUGUGCUAGACUUACAAGCAGGUCACAAACUUUUACCAACUUUUAGGUCAACAAUGUUUAUAAAUCAAACAGUAUCUUGAUAUAAUAUAAACUGUAUGGCCGGCUGUUAA